AGAAUACAACAAUAAAAAAAAACAAUAGUCCAUUCCACAAAAAAAUGGCAAGAGUUUGCUGCCUACCUCCUGCCAUUGACCUAAGAGAUCAUAACGAAAUCUCAAUCGAUCCAUCAACAACAACACUAACUGUAGCACCGGCCGCCGAAUUGCAUUCAUCAUCGGCAACAACGACGGCAGAGGAGCCUGCAACAUCUUCAUCUUCAACAACAACAACAACAGAUAACCUGCAUAAAGUCGGUCCAUUCUUCUUUAGCAGCAGCAUCAAUUAUCAGAGCAAAGUGCAACAGCUGAUUAGCUUCAGUUUUACCUCAUCGUUCCAUUUGAUUUUCAUUACCAGCAUUUUGAGUAUUAGCAAAUUUGCUGCCGCCAUUAAUGCAGCCCAACUUACUGCCCAGGGCACGCCCACAACAAGCUUUUUAAUGCAAAAUCUCACUGGCUCAGCCCUAAAGGAGAAAUUGAAAUCAUCAACUUUUGGUCAACCACUGGACAUUCUAAAGUAUUGGGCACCAGCAGCAGCAAACAGUUUAAGUGGCUCCAGUGGCUCAAAUAGCAGCAGAAGCUCAUCGAAUAGUAGUAAUCCAGCGGAAAUCGGUGCCAGUUCGAGCCUAUUCAAUAUUAAUAUGGACUUUAAAUUUCUAAAUGUAUCGGGAAAAAUUGGAACGCCAUUGGAUAUAUCUUUAUCUCUGCCCCAAUUUUGCGAUACGGAACAAAAGCAAUUCCAAUGCCGUAAUGGUCAAUGUAUACCCAUACGAUUUGUCUGUGAUGGCGAUUUCGAUUGCAAAGAUCAGAGCGAUGAGCAGGUGGAGUCAUGCAAAUUUAAAGGAUCCAGUUGUCAAGAGGACCAAUUUCGUUGCACAAAUGGCAAAUGCAUACCAAAUAAAUGGAGAUGCGAUCAAGAGGCCGAUUGUGCUGAUGGCUCUGACGAGACUCCUGAGUUGUGCAAGACAAAAACAUGUUCGCCCGAAGAGUUUACUUGCAAAUCGGGCGAUGGUCAAUGUAUACCACUUGCCUGGAUGUGUGAUCAGAAUAAAGAUUGCAGUGAUGGCAGCGAUGAGGCCAUGUGUAAUGACACUUGCCGCUCGGAUGAGUUCACCUGCGGUAAUGGACGUUGCAUACAAAAGCGUUGGCGUUGCGAUGAUGAUGAUGAUUGCGGCGAUGGUAGCGAUGAGAAGGAUUGUGGUCCCAAACCGGCAUGUGCAAUUGACCAGUUCACAUGCAAUUCCGGGCAUUGCAUAAGUCGCGGUUGGGUAUGCGAUGGGGAUUAUGAUUGUCCCGAUCAAAGUGAUGAGUCGGGCUGUACAGACCUGACAAACAUACUCCGCUCGUUCAGAUUUUGCCAAGCGCAUGAGUUCCAAUGUCGCGAUCGUAUUACUUGCUUGCACAAGAGCUGGGUAUGUGAUGGCGACUCCGAUUGUCCUGACGGUGAUGAUGAGUUGCCGCAAAACUGUCAUAAUGUCACCUGUCGUCCCGAUCAAUUCCAAUGCGGCGAUCGCAGCUGCAUAGCAGGACACUUGACCUGCAACGGCGACAAAGAUUGUUCGGAUGGCAGUGAUGAAAAGAAGUGUGAUGUAGCCAGUCGGGCAAACGGCUGUAAUGCCACAACCGAAUUUGAUUGCGGUGGCGGUCAGUGCAUAGCCCUGAGUAAGGUGUGCGAUAAGCGUAAGGAUUGUCCUGAUGGGGAGGAUGAACCGGCUGGAAAGUGUGGUGUAAAUGAGUGUUCCACCAAAAAUGGCAACUGCAUGCAUAGAUGUGUUGACUUGGCUGUGGGACAUCGUUGUGAAUGUAAUGAGGGCUACAAACUAUCAUCGGACAAACGCUCAUGUGUGGACAUCAAUGAAUGCGAGAAUCCCGGCAUGUGUUCCCAGAUCUGCAUCAAUGAAAUUGGAGGCUUCAAAUGCGAGUGUGAGGCCGGCUAUAUGAGGGAUCCACGAAAUCACACCCGUUGCAAGGCCAGCGAGGGUCAUGCCUCGUUGUUGCUGGCGCGUCGUCAUGACAUACGUAAAAUUGCCUUGGAUCACAUGGAAAUGACUUCGAUUGUGAAUAGCACCAAGUCGGCCACUGCUCUGGACUUUGUUUUCCGCACUGGCAUGAUCUUCUGGAGCGAUGUGACCACCCAAAGCAUCUACAAGGCACCCAUCGAUGAGGGACAGGAAAAGACUGUGGUCUUAAAGCAAUCUUCAGUGACUUCAGACGGCUUGGCGGUGGAUUGGAUCUAUAAUCAUGUCUACUACACGGACACACACAAAUGCACCAUCGAGCUGACGAAUUUCGAUGGCAAUAUGGGUAAAGUGUUGAUUGAAGACUCCCUCGAUAUACCCAGAUCGAUAGCCCUCGAUCCCAUUGAGGGUUGGAUGUACUGGUCCGAUUGGGGAGCGUCGCCUCGCAUUGAACGCGCUGGCAUGGAUGGCAGCCAUCGGACUACCAUCAUCAACUACGAUGUCAAGUGGCCCAAUGGCAUUACCUUGGAUCUGGUACGGAAACGCAUCUACUGGGUUGAUGGCAAACUGAACAUCAUUUCGAGUGCCAACUACGAUGGAUCACAGCGCCGUCAGAUUUUGUAUUCCAUGGAAUAUCUAAGGCAUCCGUUCUCGAUAACCACAUUCGAGGAUUACAUCUACUGGACGGAUUGGGAUAAGCAAACUGUGUUCAAGGCCAAUAAAUUUACGGGAGAAGGUGUAGAGCCUAUUACAGCUGUCCACAUGCUUCAACAUCCCAUGGUGAUACAUGUCUAUCAUCCGUAUCGCCAGCCCGAUGGCAUUAAUCACUGCCAGUCCGUGAAUGGCCAUUGUUCUCACCUCUGUCUGCCAGCCCCGCGUAUCAAUGAGAGAAGUCCACGCAUUUCCUGCGCCUGUCCGACCGGACUCAAACUGAUGGCCGAUGGCCUGAUGUGCAUUGAAGAUCUAUCCAUAGCUCGUAAACAAAAUAUGGUUAAUUCUACAAAAAGGGUCAGCGGUGUUAAAAAAUCCUUAUCAUCAACAACAGCGACAAAAAAAGCAACAACAGAAACCACACUUAAAUUGCCAACUCACAUUAAGCCAAGUGAAUGGCCUGUGGAUAGUAACAAGUCUGAAGGAAAUGCAACCCAUCCUGGUCAUGAUGGCAACAACACCAACACUAGCAACAGCAACAACGUGUCUGUCACUGCCCAGAACUCGGAAGAGGAUUCGGGCAAGAUAUCCUUAAUUGUUAUAGCCGUACUGGUGGUCACAACUUCCGUAUUUACUGUUCUAUGCAUUGUGUAUAGACGUUGUGCCAGACCUGGCAACUCGAUGAAUUUCGAGAAUCCUGUGUAUCAUAGAACCACAGAUGAUCACUUAAUUCUGCAGAAGAAUGUGACAAAUCACAUGUAUGCCACGGCGUCAAUGGAUGAAGAGUCCUCUAAACCUCUACAUGAUCUGGGGAUUGAAUGUGUCUGAAUACAUGAGACAGAAGCAGAGCAUGAAAACAAUAUCCACCAAAAAAAACACAUAUACAUAUACAUAUAUAUAUAUAUGUAUGUAAAUAUGUGUGCAAAAGACAUAUCCAAAACUGGCUGGGUAUUCCAACAAAAGCAACAACUCCUAUUACCAAGUCCUUUAAGUUCAAGGCGUCCAAAACUCAACUCAAGAAAAACUAGAAAAACUUUUGUCUAGCAAGUAGUCAAGCAGAAUGCCAAAAAGAAGAGCAGGAAAAGCAAAUGGAAAAAGACAAGAAAAACACCCACAACAAAGAACAACAACAACAACAAGAGGGGAAAACAACGAGAGAGAGGAAAAUAAACACAAAACACCAUGACAGCAAAUACUCAACAAAUUUAAUUUGUU